CGAACAGUUAUAAUGGUCAGGAUAAUAAAAAAUGAAAAAGAGAGUCGAAACUGCUCUCAACGCUUAUUCCGAUGGAGUCGGUGGUUGAUUCGGUUCAAGGCGCUGAGAAAAGAAUUGGGGAUUUUUAGGCAUUUUAGCUACUCUAUGUGGAGUAGCAAGUGUAAUUUACUGAAGGAAUUUGUGAGAGUGAGUUUUGAUGGAAAAUCCUUAUCCUUUGAUACUUGAUAUAAGCUCCGAUGAGGAAUCAGGUUUCGGUAGAGGCGGUAAAGGCGUGGGAUGUGAUAUUGGAAGGGAAGAAUUGACAGAGGACGAAGAUUGUUAUUGGCUGGCUCGGCUGUUGGGUGAGGUGGAUGGGAAUAAGGAUGAUGAAUCUGAUGAAGUGGUGGUGUUAAAUGAAGUUUUACCGAAGCUGUCGAAAAAGGCGAGGAUCGAAUCGGCGAUACCGUCGAGGAUAGUUGGGGAUGGGAGCAAUGAUGAUGAUGAUGAUGAUUGUGUGGUUUUGGAUGCGGAUCCGGAUCUGGAUCUGGAUCCGGCGAAUGGCAAGGUCGGGAAUGAUGAGAAUGGCGGAAAUGACGAGGGCGAUGAUUCCGAUGACGUAGAGAUUGUCGGCGAGAAGGGUGAGGUUGCGUGCAGAGACUUCCCUCAUGCACGGCAUCUUUGUGCAAAAUUUCCCUUCGCUUCUACUCCACAUGAGGUCCAUUGCAUUCAGUGCCACUGUUACGUUUGCGACUCUUUGGCUCCAUGUUCCCACUGGGGCACUGGCGUAUCGACUUUCAACCAUUGUCACGCUAACGAUAAAGAGGAUUACUGGAUAUCCGAGCGGAAAAGGAUAAAGCAAGGCGGAAGCGUUCCCCCGUCAGCUAAAGUUACGCCAACUACACAAACUUCCGGCGAAAACUCUCUUCUAGAAGCAAUGUACGAAAUCCCUCAAGUUCCAGACGUACCCGAGUACAACACCUCUAUGCCGAACCCAUGUUGGAGUCCAAUCCGAAUCCGCCCUUGUUCAUCCAGUGCUGGUGCGGCAACUGCCGUCAAUCGAGCCAGAUUAAAUCCAUCAGGACAUGCCCCCUUGCCUCAAUCGAACAUGGUCUCAUUGCAGUCGCAUUGUAUGCGUAAUAACAGUGGAAGCCAAAGUGUUCAGUCCUUCACCCCACAUGCACCUUUAAAGCGGCCCGGAUCGUCGUCUUUUCCGAAUCAUCGGCAUGUGUCGGGCCUACGAUAUCAUCGAAACCCAUAUACAAGGAGGUAUCAUCCUAUCCAGACUCCCAUGGCUAAUGUACGCCACGGUUCUAAUCCCGUCGGUAUAAGAAGACAAGCUGCAGCUGCUCCGAUUUUGCCCCCGAUCUUGAGUUCUCUGCCCGGCCCGGCUAUUGGGAAUGCAAAUUAUUUACCUUCUCCACCUCAGAUGCACUCUAGGCCGUACUCAAGCUACCCGGCUAGAGAUACGGUACAUUUCUGCCCUCAGAUUACACCUCAGUCGAAGUUACCGUCUCAACUCAGUGUGGCAAACUUGGAGAAUUUGGUUUUCCGUCAAUCUCAUGAUAUGUUCGAGCCGAGCACUCUUGUCCCUUCUCCGAAAACGACUCCUGCUUUCAACCGAUUCGAUGGGAUCACUGAUAUUGGAAAGCAACUGCAUUCGAUAUCCAUGAUAUCGUCGUCUUCGACUGUGGCGGGAAAUAGCUUUGAGAACCAACUUUCCCAGCCAGAAACGCUCCCAUCUGUAGUGAUGGAUGAACGCAAUUAUACCCGGCAAGGAAAUCUGAACCCGACCCGUAAUGAUUUAGCGAGUCCUACUACUGAUUUUGGCAACAAGUCUUUAUCCUCUUUCAGCUUUGGCAACCAGGACAUCGAUGCAGAGGUCUCACAAUUUCGAGCUGUGGCGUCGGGUGAUAUUUCGCAGCAGCAAUAUUUAACUGAAAAUGAUGAUCGACGUGGAACGGCGGCGGAGGGUUCCUGUCCGCAAGUUGCAGCGCCGGCGGAUAAUUCCUCCCAAGUAAAUGGUACAUUCUCGAUUGAUAACUGGAUGUUUGAGAACGAUUCUUUUCCAGGAGCUUUUGAAGUUCCUUUAUCUCCGUGGAAUGAAUAUUAUCCGGAUCCUGCUUCUGUAGGCGUAGGCGCAGCGCUCGGUAGCGAGCAGAACUCUGAGUCUUACAUUGUCACUGCAGGACGGGAGCUUUAAGGGCUAUCUGAAUUUCCGGGUCAGAUUUCAGCUCUUUACAAGCUCGCUCAUUUAGCCGCAGCGUCGGAAAAAGGCACGUGUGCUUCACGUGGCCUCGCCAGAGCCGAUGUGGUAGGUGAUGUGGCCUUGCCUCCACAUCAGCAGCCGAAGGCGAGGCCAUGUCACCUGCCACAUCGGCUACGGAAAGUUUCACGCGAGUGCUGGCGAGACUAUGUCCGCUCAUGUGAGGCUCACGUGCCUUGUGACAGGACUAUUUUAAGACCUCAUAGAGAUUUAUUGUCCUUUAUUGAAAAGAUACAAAAAUCAAAAAUCAAAGAAAUGAUAAUGAGAACUACUUGCAAUUUUUCCUAUUUGGUAUACUAUCGGCAGCAUUGUGCUGAAUUAGAAGUACUGUGCUGAAAGUGUUAAUUCAGCAUAGAACCGCAACCCACUGAGAGAGUAGAGAGUUGGUCAUCCGGUCUGGAAAAACUUUAUAUAGCACAAGCGCUUCCCAAAUAUAAGAACAAUCUAAACUCCAGUCGAGGCUGGAGCUUAUUGAAAGAGCAGAAACUAACUUAAAGACAAACAAUCAAGAUUCUUACAGCAAUCAACCUCGGCGACGAGUCGAGUGCAGGCGAGAGUGAAUCACACAGAUGGCGGUGGCGCACCAAAAGGCCUGAAGACAUUAAACACUGGAAUGAAUUUUACCGAAUGUACGGACAAAAGGAAUUGAGUACGGAAAGAAACCAGCUCUGAAGCCAAACCUGCCACCGGUUCAGUUUACACUGUAUUGCGCAUCAUGUGUGCAUGUUGAGCACAACCCGGAGACAUCCUCCUUCGUGCAUCAGGUCGAAGGCCUUGUUUAUCUCUGGUAGGGUCGAGUUGUGGGUGAUGUACUCGUCGACUUUUACUUCCUGGGAUGGCAAAACAUACGAUCGUUGCGAAAAGGUUUAUUAUAUAAAUAACAGCAGAAGUGUGUACAGAGUGGUGCCGAGGUAUUUUUGCACUCACUUUCUUCAUAUACUUGUCGACGAGCCAAGGCACUUGUGUACGGCUUUUGAAACCGCCGAAUGCUGUCCCCUUCCAGACCCGGCCCGUCACCAACUGAAACGGGCGGGUGGAGAUUUCUUGGCCGGAGGCUGCAACUCCGACAAUGACGGAUGUUCCCCACCCCUACAGGACUAUCAAUGUUAGGGACUGAAAUCUGGUGCCAUUCACACCUUCACUUGUUUACAUAACAAUUCUAUACGAUAAGAUGAGUAUAUAUACAUAUAUUGUUUACAUUUUUCAGAA